AGCGAAUGGUUCGAAUUCAACAGGCUAACGUCCAAUCCUCCAUUAAUCACAUAUUGAGAUUGGUUCUUUUCAGAAUCCAGUAUCAAAUAACAACCCAAGGCCGAAUGAGAUAAUGCUCUGCCUUCCUUCGUCUCUCUUCCCCGCCAUGGCCUCAGCUACCGUCCCCAAUUCCAAGUUAAAGCUGCUGGCAUCAACGGCCCUCAUCAGCCACAGGACCAUCUCUGGAAGAAGAAGCCCCCCAGCUGCAAUCCUAGCCGUCCAACUCGCGAUCCACCGCUACCCACGCCUUGUAGUUUCCCGUGCCACCGACGAUGGCGCUGGUUCCAUAGGUGCAGACCAAGUGAGUGAUGCUGUCAAGCUUUUCAUUGGUAGCCGACAAGUGCUAGUGUGUUUUUAUUUCAGGGUAUUGAAGCCUUCAAGAGCAGUGCUCCUGGAGCUGGUUAUGUGGGGUUGUUUGUUCGCAUGCUUGGGAUAGAUAAUGACCCCCUUGACAGGGAACAAGCAAUAAUCGCACUCUGGAAAUAUUCACAAGGAGGAAAGACUUGUAUUGAUGAGAUUAUGCAAUUUCGUGGUUGCAUUACUCUAACCAUUAACCUUCUAAAAUCAGAAUCCCUUUCUACCUGCGAAGCGGCUGCAGGCCUUUUACGAACAAUAUCCUCGGUCAACCCCUACAGAGACUCCAUAGCCGGAAGCGGGGCAAUAGAAGAAAUAACGGGACUGCUGAGUAGAUCCUUUCUGGCUGCAGAGGUAAAGGAGCAAACCCUAUGUACCUUGUGGAACUUAUCUGUUGACGAGAAGCUUAGAGAGAAGAUUGCAAGCACAGAGCUUCUUCCAGCGCUAAUUAAGUUCCUUGAUGAUGAGGAAGUAAAAGUACAGGAGGCAGCAGGAGGGGUAUUGGCAAAUCUGGCUUUAAGCCACUCUAAUCACAGCAUCAUGGUCGAAGCUGGUGUAAUUCAAAAGCUGGCAGAGAUCUUAAAAAGCAGAGAAGGAUCUAAUGUCACUAGGAAAGAAGCGAAAAGUGUGCUGUUGGAAAUGGCCAAAGACGAAUACCAUAGAAUUCUUAUCCUCGAAGAGGGUCUGCUCCUAGUCCCUAUAAUUGGUGCAGCUGCUUAUAAAUCCUUCAGGCCCGUUUCUCACUCAUGGCCUUCUUUACCUGAUGGAACCGAAUUGGAGCGGAGUUCAUCAAGCCCUUCAAGAUUUGGUGCAUCCGAACUACUACUUGGAUUAAAUAUUAAAGAUGAGGGCUUAAACAUGGAAGAAGCUAAAAUGAAUGCUAUAGUUGGACGUACGCAGCAGCAAUUUCUUGCACGUAUUGGAGCUAUAGAAUUGGAAAAUGGAAGGAAACCUCAAUUAGAAUUGCCUCCCGACAAUCAGCAUACUCUUUUGCCAUGGAUGGAUGGUGUUGCUCGGUUAGUUUUGAUUCUUGGACUUGAUGAUCAAUCAGCCAUUGCAAGGGCUGCACAGUCUAUCGCUGAUGCAGCUAUUAAUGAACAUAUGCGGAUCUCAUUCAAGGAAGCUGGCGCUGUCCAGCAUCUUGUUCAGCUACUAGGCCAUGAUAGUGAUGCUGUUAGGGUUUCUGUUGCGCAUGCUUUGGAGAGGCUAGCUUUCAGCAAUGAAGUAUGCAAAGUAAUUGAAUCUAACGGGGUGGUGGACCGUAUUGUUGAUAUACUCAAGAAUAUGAACACGUCAAAAUGCCUUGUGGAAAAGACUGUGAAUAUACUUGCUCGGAUUUUUGACCCCAGCAAAGAGAUGAAAACAGAUCUCCAUUAUGGGUCAGUUAAUGGAUCAGAAGCGGUAUUGGAUGUUGGGAGCAGAAGUUCUGAAGGCGUUACAAGGGACAAGGUACUAGACUCAAGUGUUUGGUCACGCCUUAUAGAAAUCUUGAAGACACCAAAUCCGAAUUUGCAAAAAAAGGCUGCCUCUAUCCUUGAGUAUCUCGCCAUUACAGAACCACACAUGCUGACAACCACCGCGGCCAAUAUUGAGUUAGGCCUUGUUGCUGUUUUCCAACAAGGGUUUUUCGAUGUGACUGAAGAGAAUAUAGAUAAUGAGCCGGAGCUAAGCGUUGUGCAAGCUGAGGAAGUGGGCUCCGCAAUAUCCGCAGCUUCCCAGUUGUUGACAAAGCUGCUUGACUCCGAACCCUUUCACAGCUCCAUAAACUCCACCCGUCUCAUACUCCUACUGCGCAAAGUACUGAAGUCGAGCAUCCCCCUCCACGCAAAAGACUGGGUUGCUGCAUGCCUUGUAAAACUCGAGUCCUCAGCUGGUUUCCCUGUCAAUCUCGACAACCCCAUUAACAUGGAGGUGACUCUCUAUGGAACGAUCCCCAGGCUACUUGAGCAGAUUAGGACAUCGUUUUCUACCGAGAUGCAAGAAGCUGCCGUUGUAGAACUGAAUGCCGUAAUUGCUAAAGGUGGGGUGGAUUGCACUAGAGCAGUCGCUGCUCAGGGAGGGAUAUUUCCAUUGGUGAAGAUGAUUGAAAAUGCGAGCGGGGAUGCCCUGGAAGCUAGCUUGGCCAUCCUGUAUAACUUAAGCAUGGACAGUGAGAAUCAUGUAGCUAUUGUCACUGCAGGAGCCAUUCCUUUGCUGCGGCGGUUAGUUCUCUCAGAAGGCCCGCAAUGGAGGCAUGCACUUCAUCUUCUGAGGACAUUACCUACAUGAUGAGGCUUGGGCAGUCUGCUUGUAUCACAGCUGUGUCACAUGCCAAAAAAAAAUGCAUACAAAACAGGGGCAUCACACAGUGGAGGCAAUCUGAUGGUGGAUCGGAUCAAUCAUACAUGUUCUCCUGUUGGCAUGUGCAUCCACAUGAUGGAUGGUCUAGAUCAAUGAUCGGACUGUUUGUUUUAUUAUCAAUAUGGACUCUUCAUUUCUCCUGGCAUUGAAUGGACGGUUAAGGGACAGGCAAUCAAGGGCUGAAUGUACAUGAUAGAUGUAGUCAAUAAUCAGACCAUUUGCAGUAUGAUCAAUAUGGACCAUCCAUUCAGCAACUAUUGAAUGGGCCGUUAGCAUCA